CCAUGAUCACUUAGUCCCAUUGCCUUUGGUUUUGUGAGUCAGAAAGCAAGACCAGGAGUGUUUGGUGGAGAAACUGUUGUCCUAGGGCAUCUGAGAAAUAGAAAAACAAGAAGUGUCAUAUAUCCCUUUUGGUGGCACACCCUAGCCCUCUAGCCUCCUUUGACCUGGCUGUACUAUUUUCUAUUAGUACCAAGCUGAGGACCAAACUUUAAAUACAAAAACGAUUGGGCAAUGCCUAAGACAUAAACUAAAGCAGCAGUUCAUCAGAGAAAACCAAACUAAAACAAAACAAAAUAACAACAAAAACAUCCAAACAAAACCAAUGUCUGCCUUCAAAUACUGACAUCCAGUUCCUCAGUAUAUGGUCCUAUUUGACACUGAAAAUGUGUCCCAAAGGCAGCCAGUUUAGAUUCCCGUCACCAUUGCCUUCUAACCCUUGGUUUCCUUUGCCUGGAUUUUCUAGAAACCUUCCAGCUGGUCUGUGUGAAUGCUGUCACCUACCUGCAGAGGAUUCUCCACAAAGCAGCCUGGAGAACUGUGUGCAGGGUUUGACCAGGUAGACAUCCCUUGCUGUUGUUCCCAGCUGCCUGGUCUUGAAUAUCAUCAUGGCCAAACCUUAUGAAUUUAACUGGCAGAAGGAAGUGCCAUCUUUCUUGCAAGAAGGGGCAGUUUUUGACAGAUAUGAAGAGGAAUCUUUUGUGUUUGAGCCCAGCUGCCUCUUCAAAGUGGACGAAUUUGGCUUCUUCCUGACCUGGAAGAGUGAAGGCAAGGAAGGCCAAGUGCUAGAAUGUUCCCUCAUCAACAGUAUUCGACUGGCAGCCAUACCAAAGGAUCCCAAAAUCCUGGCUGCUCUUGAAGCUGUUGGAAAAUCUGAAAAUGAUCUGGAAGGGCGGAUAUUGUGUGUCUGCAGUGGCACAGAUCUGGUGAACAUUGGCUUUACUUACAUGGUGGCCGAAAACCCAGAAGUAACUAAGCAAUGGGUAGAAGGCCUGAGAUCAAUCAUUCACAACUUCAGGGCCAACAAUGUCAGUCCCAUGACAUGCCUCAAGAAACACUGGAUGAAACUGGCGUUUCUGACCAACACAACUGGUAAAAUUCCAGUGAGAAGUAUUACUAGAACCUUUGCGUCGGGGAAGACAGAAAAGGUGAUCUUUCAAGCCCUCAAGGAAUUAGGUCUGCCCAGUGGAAAGAAUGAUGAAAUUGAGCCUGCUGCGUUUACUUAUGAAAAGUUCUACGAACUGACACAAAAGAUUUGUCCUCGGACAGAUAUAGAAGACCUUUUUAAAAAAAUCAAUGGAGACAAAACUGAUUAUUUAACGGUAGACCAAUUAGUGAGCUUUCUAAACGAACAUCAACGAGAUCCUCGGCUGAAUGAGAUUUUAUUCCCAUUUUAUGAUGCUAAAAGAGCAAUGCGGAUCAUUGAGAUGUAUGAACCUGAUGAAGAUUUGAAGAAGAAAGGCCUCAUAUCAAGUGAUGGGUUUUGCAGAUAUCUCAUGUCAGAUGAAAACGCCCCAGUCUUCCUAGAUCGCUUAGAACUUUACCAGGAGAUGGAUCACCCCCUGGCUCACUACUUCAUCAGUUCUUCCCACAACACCUAUCUCACCGGGCGGCAGUUUGGCGGAAAGUCUUCAGUGGAAAUGUACAGACAAGUUCUCCUGGCUGGUUGCAGGUGUGUUGAACUUGACUGUUGGGAUGGAAAAGGUGAAGAUCAGGAACCGAUAAUAACUCAUGGAAAAGCAAUGUGUACAGACAUCCUUUUUAAGGAUGUAAUCCAAGCCAUCAAGGAAACAGCAUUUGUCACAUCGGAGUACCCUGUAAUUCUCUCCUUUGAAAACCACUGCAGCAAAUAUCAACAGUACAAGAUGUCCAAGUAUUGUGAAGAUCUAUUUGGGGAUCUCCUGUUGAAACAAGCACUGGAGUCACAUCCACUUGAACCAGGCAGGCCUUUGCCAUCCCCCAAUGACCUCAAAAGAAAAAUACUUAUCAAAAAUAAAAGGCUGAAACCUGAAGUUGAAAAAAAGCAGCUUGAAGCUUUGAAAAGCAUGAUGGAAGCCGGAGAAUCAGCUGCCCCAGCUAACAUCUUAGAAGAUGACAAUGAAGAGGAGAUAGAAAAUGCUGAUCAAGAAGAAGAAGCCCACCCUGAGUACAAAUUUGGAAGUGAACUAUCUGCUGAUGACUUCAGUCACAAGGAAGCAGUUGCAAACAGCGUCAAGAAGGGCCUGGUCACUGUAGAAGAUGAGCAGGCUUGGAUGGCAUCUUAUAAAUAUGUAGGUGCUACUACGAACAUCCAUCCGUACUUGUCCACAAUGAUCAACUACGCCCAGCCUGUGAAGUUUCAAGGUUUCCAUGUGGCUGAAGAGCGCAAUGUUCAUUAUAACAUGUCUUCUUUUAAUGAGUCAGUUGGCCUGGGCUACUUGAAGACACACGCGAUUGAAUUUGUAAAUUACAAUAAGCGACAAAUGAGCCGCAUUUACCCCAAGGGAGGCCGAGUUGAUUCCAGUAAUUACAUGCCUCAGAUUUUCUGGAACGCUGGUUGCCAGAUGGUUUCACUGAACUAUCAAACCCCAGAUUUAGCGAUGCAAUUGAAUCAGGGAAAAUUUGAGUAUAAUGGAUCCUGCGGGUAUCUUCUCAAGCCAGAUUUUAUGAGGCGGCCUGACCGGACGUUUGAUCCUUUCUCUGAAACCCCAGUGGAUGGGGUUAUUGCAGCCACAUGCUCAGUGCAGGUUAUAUCAGGGCAAUUCCUAUCAGAUAAGAAGAUCGGCACAUACGUGGAAGUAGACAUGUACGGGUUGCCCACCGAUACCAUACGGAAGGAGUUCCGGACUCGCAUGGUUAUGAACAAUGGCCUCAACCCAGUUUACAAUGAAGAAUCAUUUGUGUUUCGGAAGGUGAUUCUGCCUGAUCUUGCUGUCCUGAGAAUUGCAGUGUAUGAUGACAACAACAAGCUGAUUGGCCAGAGAAUCCUUCCUUUGGAUGGCCUCCAAGCAGGCUACCGACACAUCUCCCUAAGAAAUGAGGGAAACAAACCAUUAUCACUGCCAACGAUUUUCUGCAACAUUGUUCUUAAAACAUAUGUGCCUGAUGGAUUUGGAGAUAUUGUGGAUGCUUUAUCCGAUCCAAAGAAAUUUCUUUCAAUCACAGAAAAGAGAGCAGACCAAAUGAGAGCUAUGGGCAUUGAAACUAGUGACAUAGCAGAUGUGCCCAGUGACACUUCCAAAAAUGACAAGAAAGGCAAAGCCAACCCAGCCAAAGCAAAUGUGACCCCUCAGAGCAGCUCUGAGCUCAGACCCACCACUACAGCCGCUCUGGGCUCUGGCCAGGAAGCCAAGAAAGGUAUUGAGCUUAUCCCACAAGUGAGAAUAGAAGAUUUAAAGCAAAUGAAGGCUUACUUGAAGCACUUAAAGAAACAACAGAAAGAGUUAAGCUCUUUAAAGAAGAAACACGCAAAGGAACACAGUACCAUGCAGAAGUUACACUGCACACAAGUUGACAAAAUCGUGGCCCAGUACGACAAAGAGAAGUCAACUCAUGAGAAAAUCCUGGAGAAGGCAAUGAAGAAGAAAGGGGGAAGUAAUUGUCUUGAAAUGAAAAAAGAAACAGAAAUUAAAAUUCAGACCCUGACAUCAGAUCACAAAUCUAAGGUCAAAGAGAUUGUGGCACAGCACACAAAGGAGUGGUCAGAAAUGAUCAACACUCAUAGUGCCGAGGAGCAAGAGAUCCGGGAUCUGCACUUGAACCAGCAGUGUGAGCUGCUGAGAAAGCUGCUCAUCAACGCUCAUGAACAGCAGACCCAGCAGCUGAAGCUCUCUCAUGACAGGGAAAGCAAGGAGAUGCGAGCCCAUCAGGCUAAGAUUUCUAUGGAAAAUAGUAAAGCCAUCAGUCAAGAUAAAUCUAUCAAGAAUAAGGCAGAACGGGAAAGGCGAGUCAGGGAGUUGAACAGCAGCAACACUAAAAAGUUUCUAGAAGAAAGAAAGAGACUGGCGAUGAAACAGUCAAAAGAAAUGGAUCAAUUGAAAAAAGUCCAGCUCGAGCACCUAGAAUUCCUAGAGAAACAGAAUGAGCAGCUUUUGAAAUCCUGUCAUGCAGUGUCCCAAACACAAGGCGAAGGAGAUGCAGCAGAUGGUGAAAUUGGAAGCCGAGAUGGACCGCAGACCAGCAACAGUAGUAUGAAGCUUCAGAGUGCAAACUGAAGCUGAAACCGUGGACCAUCGGGAGAUCAUGUCCAGCUUCUAAACACAGACUCCACGGACAAAAGCUCUUCUCUUUUGUGUUUCUUUUACGUAUAGACACUGUGUUACCUGAAACCACACGGACUGGGGACUGGGGAUGACCAAAUGUUCUUCUGUUUAACAACUGAGUAUUGAAUUUCCUUGGACAACCGAAAAUAGCUCUGUAUCCACAACAACAAAGAAUCUCCUAUUCCUGACAGGCAGAGUUGAACCAUGAUACACAACUUAAACAUGUUUGCUAUAAGACAGCAUCACAACUCAGUAGGCUUGGUGUUUACAGCUCUGCUUUGUGAUGUAUCAGGACAUGUUUGAGCUGCUGCAAACAAUAGUGCAUUAGUAACUUAUAGUAAGCGCAUGCACUAGAAGAAACAACUCUGUCCACAGUUCAUUAGCAGAAGUGGUGGUCUGCCAUAACAAAUCAUUUUGCAGAAUUUUCUACACCUAAGUUACCUCAUCAGUAAGUGCCAUGUCUUUACCAUGCCAUAAGAUGCUAACUUCCUGUAAAUGUUGCAGAACCUGUUAGAACAAUAGACACAAAAGAGUGUACCUGUGCCAAGCUCAUCAGUGCUCCAAGGGGGACUCAGCAGGCUCGUUUCAGAAAGUUUACAGCUGACACUGCUAUGUAGGGAUUGCUUCUGCAGAUUCCAGAUAUAACAAUUCACUAUACACUAUAAAGAUUGUGAAGUGGUUAUUGGCAAAUGUUUGUAAAUGUGCCCAUGUACAAAGUAUUUAUACUCCUUAAUUCUCACGGUUAUAGCGCGAAAUCAUCUAAACAUUACCACGUGACAAGACUAGUAAACAGGAAUCAUAGACCUAAUGUUUUGCAUGAUGCACAAGCACCAACUAUGACUAACCCAUUCAGACACAGUUAAUCUAACACCAAAUAAAUACUGGUUAAGUAAAUGUAUGGCACAGAAUAUUAUUUGACUAUCAAGACUUUUAGCAUAAUGAAAAAGUCUAUAUAUAUGUGUAUAUUAAUUAUGUGGGCAUUCUUGAUACUUCAAGUUCUAGUUUGAAAAAAAUACAUAACUAAUUUAAUUUUACACAAAAAUAUUUAUGCAGAUUUUCAGACUUUCAUAUCAGGAAAUAACCUUUUUAUGUCUGUUAAAUAUCCAAAAGAUUUGCUACCGUGUUAAUCUGCAUGGUCUUUUCGCCUGCUGUAGUUGCAUUGCAGGUGGCACAUAAAGUGGUAUGCUGGGGUCAAGUCAUGCUACCCAAGCCCAGAGGAGUGCACAGAGACCUGGUAGCCUUGAGCGACUCAGAUUCCUGAUUGUAGGAUGCAAAAUGCCAACUUAAUUAUUGUAUAUGAUUGUACAAAUUGAUUCUGUGUGUUCCUCUGAAGAGGGCAGAGAAAAUUAUGAUACCAUGAAGGCUGAAAUUCAACUUACAACUUCUCUAAUAAAAAAAUGA